GCUACUGCAGUCUGGCUGCCGCACCGCGCUGUCAAACGCGAAUAUGCUCCGGUGGAUUCGAAAGUUUCGUUGGAGCACGCUACUGUCGGAUUUAAAAUCGAAUCCCAGCGCAUCAUCCCGUCCCAUCCCGGGGGCGCACCACGAUGCGGACCGGUUCGACAGCAAGGACGCCCGGUUGCAGAAUACAUUAUCGGCCAUCCCGGCCGCCUGUCCCUGUCGGGUACGGUUGGCACGGGCCGAAGAUACGGGCGAGGUGGUGACGUUUGUGCAGCAGAAUUUACUGCACCACGAGCCACUGCUGCGUGCGCUGAACGUCGGCGAGAUACCGGGCCGCGAACAGUUGCUGGAGUACGUUCGGCAGCUGCUGCGAGAAAGCUUCACGCUGGUCGCGCUAGACGAUGAUGGCGGUGGCCGGCCGUCGGAUGGUCGUCGGAUCGUUGGCGUUGCAAUAAGUCGGCGCAGUUGCAGCUGGGACGGGAAGCAGCUGAUCGAGCGGGCGGAUCGAACGCGCUGUGACCAGCUUCGUAAGCUGCUUUACAUCUGGUCCAUCGUCGAGUCGGAACCGGGCCUGCAUCAGCACUUCUGUACCCGGUGUCUGUUUGAGAUUGCAUUUCUCGCGACGGCCGUCGAAUCGCGGCGGCAGGGCAUCGGAUUGCACUUGACGUUGCGUUCGCUGCAGCUGGCCCGGGAUUUGGGAUUCCAUUUCGCACGGAUGAACUGCACCUGCGAGUACAGUGCGCGGAUUGCCUCGAAGGCUGGGCUCGAGUGUCAUUGGACGGUGGCGUACCAUCAUCUCGUCGACAGCACGAAGCAGCCGGUCGUACAUCCGGAGCCUCCCCAUACGCAUAUCAAAGUGCACGCAAUGGCCCUGUUUCCCGGGCUGUCCAUUAAAUCCUCAUGCAGGUAAUUAAUGGCAUAAUUGCAUUUUUGCUUUCAUGCACCUGCCAGCAAGGGGUCAGCGAGAGAGACCGAAAGAGAGUAAGAGGGAGAGAGUGAGAGGGCUUCGCCGUGACUGUAAAAGCCAUUGAUAAUAAAACAACAUGGCAUUUCCGGGCGACGUAA